AUGUCCAGUGAGUCUCAAGAUGAAUCCAACCAUUCAGAUGAUUCAACCACCAGUGUUAAUCUUGCAGAGAUGAUGUGGGAAGAAAUCAAUGACCCUAUGGAGGCUGAGAUCGAUGCUAAGAUUGGAAGGGAGGUUGAAAAAGAGCUAGAACAAGAGUUAACUGGUUCCUCAACUCGACGUCGAGGCUAUACACGAAGGUACAUUGAUAGAGAUCAUGAAGAGGAUCAUAACAGAUUGUUUGCUAAAUAUUUUUGCGACAAUCCUCUAUACACAAAUGGCCAAUUUCGCCAGAGAUUUCACAUGAGAAAACAACUAUUUUUGCGCAUUGUUGAAGCUCUUGGUGUCUAG